AUGUUUCCUUUACAACGAUGCAAUGAACUGUCGUUCCCCUUAUCUAAUAGUCUCAACCACCACCCUCAAAAUCACAAUAUCUCCCAAGAUCUGAUUCUUGAAGAUUGUGAUUCUCUUGUCCUUGAUUUUUCUCAUAAAAAAUUGUGUAGCAGCCGGCCACCAAAGAACUUAUUUUAUACACCAGGAGUUGAUACUACAACUCAUUGUAGUAAUCACAACUCAAUCAAAGAUAAUAAUAAGAAAAUGAUUCAUAAGGAGAUUGAGAAGCAAAGGAGGCAAGAAAUGACCACACUUCAUGCUUCUCUUAGAUCCCUUCUCCCUCUUGAAUUCAUCAAGGGAAAACGUUCAAUAUCUGAUCAAAUGAAUGAGGGAGUGAAUUACAUAAAUCACUUGAAGAAGAAUAUAAAAGAACUAAGUGCUAAAAGGGAUGAACUCAAAAGCCAUUCUUCAUGUAGGUUCAGUAUCCACAAGAAUAAUACAACUGUGGGAGUUGAAAUUAGUACUAGAGAAGAAGGGGUUCCACUAUCUAAGUUGUUGGAACAACUUCUGAAAGAGGGACUUGAUGUUGUUAGCUGCUUUUCAAUCCAAGUCAAUGGCAGAUUACUCCACAGUGUGCAGUGUGAGGUUAUAGAUUCCAAGAGUGUAGAUCUAUCUGAGCUAAGAAAGAAAAUUUCCAAAAUUAAUCCAUCAUUUAGUUGUUCUGAUCAUGGUUUUAAAUAA